AUGGGGCUGCAAGGCGAGAAUCAUUACAACUUGAUUAGUGAUGCUGCCCGCCACAGUUGCAGAGAGACGUUGGUGAGUGCAAUCUUUUCGAGACACAACAAUAUUGGUGUCUAUUGCACAAGCCAGGUUUUGAAGAGUUCAAAAAUGGCACAUCCAGGAGAGAUUGAAUGCUCUUUAACUGUUGAACGCCUUCUGGCCACCCGCAAGCAAGAGCGCAUGGCAGCCUAUCGAUUCCUUCAGGGUCUAAGCCAUCAGCUUAGCCUGGUGACAAAUGGGGCUGUAGGAAUGAGCAGCUUCUUGUGUGACAAUCCUGCGCUUGGACAUUUGGACAAUGUUUUGCACAUUGUGAAGGGGCACAUGGUUUUUCUUGUUGACAAGGUCACAAAGAGAACAACUGCAACAGUGAACUUGCUGGACCUAGUGAAUCACAAUAUCCUCAUUGCAGGUAUGGAUCAGGGCCCAUCCAACAUGGCUGCAUGUGGGUUCCUUCAUCAGCAAGCCAUGACUCAGUUCUAUUUCGACCCAUUUCACAGGUGCAACCGUGAUUUGAAACUGGCUGCAAACAGUGUUGCGCCCAAGGCAGUGCGAACUCGUUUGUCUAUGGCCCAUUUGUGCUCCACCUACCUGUGGACAUUGUCGUACAAACCAUUCCGCCAAGGAGCAUUCUUCCAGGAGAAGACAGAACUCCUUGAGAUGUUCUUGAACUCGGAAGGUGAGGAUAGUGAACUGCUUGAGAGAUUUGCAGACUUGGUAGCUUUAGAUAUGGGUGUUGAGUCAGUGGACUUGUCAUUGCUGGCAGAACUGAAGACCUUCAGGAACAAAUCCAGCUGUGUCAAGUCUGGAAGGUGGUUCAGCUGGAGCAAUUCGGCCCAUGAUCACUUUGGUGAGUUUUGGGCGUCACGGAUGCUCCUCACAGCAUUGUUUCCAGAUGAGUGUCCAGACACCCGCACUACCUCUACUACAUUUGCAGAGCUCCGCAAGGAGGCUGGUGGUCUCAAACUUGCUUUGAAAUGCUGCAGUUGGAAUACUUGGUUCUCUGUCCGGGCAAUGAAACUUGCCAAUGAUGUCCUGUGGACUUGGUACAGUAAAACGGUGAAAAAGAUCAAGACUCCACAUCACGGCUUGGAGAGGUUGGCGCAAAUGGCAGAUGGCCAAUGGAUGUCAGAUGCCCAAUUCACAGGUUUGAUCAACUUGUUCAGUGACUGGGGAGACUUUGAAACGGUGCUUCAAUAUGAUAAAUGUUCCUUGAGGCAUUUGGAGCAAAGCAAGUUGCAGAACUAUUUGGAUGACCUGUGGUUCUAUGUGCUUGGCUGUCUCAACAAGAGGGCGUCUUCUAUGUGCAUGCACAACUCUCCACCGGAGGUGUAUGCUGCAGCUGUUGUGCUUGAUGAUCCUGUGAGGACUGUUGCUGCUGUGCAGUUGAUGAAAAAUGAUUGGGAUAUUUUGCGGAGGCUAGAGCACUCAAAGAGUCAGAGCACUUCAGAGAUCCUGGAUGAUGUGAGAUACACGGUCUCCAAACCAAUGAGGUUGGUUUAUCAACUCUACCAAGCUGAUCUCACGGAAAAGGGACGGGAUAUUCUGGCAAGCCUUGUGACCCGCCUACCAGACACCAAGUUUGUUGAAGAUAUUCAUCAGACAAUCCGUGGCAAAGCACAGUCUCAACCACAUGAGAAGCUCAACCACAGACAGAUCCAAUCCCUUGUGGAAACCUUUCAGACAUUUGAGAGUCGUGGGAUAUUGCACCCAGCUGCUUUGGACAAGAAAGCAAUGCUGUCACGAUGGGCAUCAACAAAGCCAAGUGAUAGCAAGCAACAGUUUCUGGCUGCUUCAGAGAAGUUGCCAAAGGUGUUUGCUGACAUCCUUGGUAGCAAAAAAUGGCCUUCAAUGUCUGAGGAGUGGAAGUUCAUCUUGGAUCAUUCAAUCUAUGUUGCCACGUCUUUGAUGCCAGUUUUGGCAAGUGAUGUUGGUCUGGUCUUGUCAGUGCAUGGGUGGGAGAAGGUCAUCAAGCGCACACUCCGUGAGCAUGGGCAAAGGCUGACAUUCCGGGAGUUGGCUAUCUUGGGUGAGCAUGAGCUUGAUGUGGACGUUGAUUCACUGAACAAGGACCAGCUUCUGCGAGCUUUGGCAUCGAAGGUGGGUGAUGAUGACUUUGUGGAGGAAAUCAAGAGACAGAUUGAGGAAAAAAAGAAGGUGCCCGAUGAUGAAUGUGAUGCAGAUGAUGAGCUAGCGGAAGCUGUGCUUGAGAUGAUGGACCAAGACGACCUCCAAGAGUUUGCAGAGCUGAAGCAAAAGGAAAAGAACAAGCGCAAAGCCAAAGCCAAAGCUAAAGGAAAAGCCAAGAUGAAAGCCAGGGCAAAGUUGAUCAAGAAGCAUGUCAAGCAGAAAGUGAAGAGACGGCUUAGCUUUUCUGCUGAAGCAGUGCCAUCUGCAUCAGCUGCUGCAGCUUCUUCCAGCAGACCUGAACUUGCUGAUGCAUCGUCUUUGCCUUCAGCGUCUGCAGAGCCACCUUCAGUUGUUGAACCAUCGUUGCCGCCUGCUGAAGAGCCAUCUGCAGCACCUUCAGUUGAACCUUGUUUGCCACCUCCAGUGGUUGUGAUGCCUUCUUUGCUUUUGCCGUCUUCAGCAUCUGAGCUGGAACCUGGCGUUGCUGAUGUGGUGCCUGCCAGCCAAGCUCCAUCAGAGGCUUCUGACAGGAGGCGUGGUGAGAGGGGGCCCAAUGUGCACAAGACGCCUGGAUCCUUGUCAGACAUCUCUCCACCAGGGUGCUCAAUUUCAUUGAACUGCAGCCUGACUGAAAGUGUUUCAGUAUUUGUUUGA